GGGCAGAGUAGCUUCCAGAGUUGUCUGACGAACAAUUCACUGUUGAGUGCUUUUUCCCCUUCGAAAUUAUUAAAUCACACUCACCAAAAGGAAAUUGGUGCUGCCCCCUGGAAUGUGCACACGAGUGGUCCAAUGAAAUCAUCCAGCGAAAAAAUCUGAAAAAAAGUGAGAGGAUUCCCUAGUAAAAAAAAAACGAGGACUCUACCUCCAGAUCCGUUGGCGUCUCAAAGUCCUCGUGGGUUACUCGCAAAAAUUACGUAACGACUCGUCAAUCAGGCAGUGAUUGGCCUUGAAGUCAGCAAAAAAAAAUACGAGAAGAAAAUGGAGAGUGGGAGACACGAUUUGGAGACUAAUGCCGAGGUUAAUGGCACUAAUAAGACAGUCGCUGCCACGUACAAGUCUAUUCCUGACGAGGACAGCAAUUGGCAGGCACAGAGACAGGAGAAUACCUUGGACAUGGGUAAACCUGAGAACGAGGAGAUCGAUGAUGGAGCCAAGGAGAAGAUGCUCACCGAUGACACCAAGAUCAGCCCCAAAAAGGACGCGUCUCAGGUAAUUUUUAUCUCAGAGAAUGGAGACGCAAAGAUCGACGUGGCCCCGAAGCCACCGACCCUCUCAGGAAUGGGUAAAGAGGAGCUGAUGAAAUACGCGAACGAUCCUUUCUGGAUACGCCUCCGUUGGUUCCUGUUCAUCGGCUUCUGGUUGCUGUGGGUGGGAAUGCUGGUUGGAGCAAUAGCAAUAAUUGUUUUAGCCCCAAAAUGCACAGCACCACAAGCAAAGACCUGGUCGGAGAAGUCACCGAUUGUCCAGCUGGAGCCAAAAGACCUGGAGGCAAAAGACGCGAUCUCCCUAUCACACCUCCUGGACCAACUGAAGAGCCAACACAUAUCAGUGCUCUCCCUCUCGAACAUCCUGAAAUCCACGUCCCCAGGGCACGUUACGGAUUUCAGAGACGUCGAUCCCAAGGUGGGAAUGGAGAACAUCAAGAGCCUGAUAAAAUUAGCAAAGGAGAAGGAUCAGAGGGUCGUCCUGGAGAUCGAUCCCAAUCACUCUGGCAUUGAUCAUCCCUGGUUCAACAGGUCGCAGAACAGAGAGGAGCCCUACACCAAUUACUACGUCUGGGCAAGUCCCAAAAUCGACGCUGACAACGCUAACAACUCCCCGAACAAUUGGCUGAGCAUUAAUGGGAGAUCUGCCUGGGAGUGGAGCGCCCAGAGAGGCCAGUACUACCUCCACCAGUUCGACAAAUCCCAACCUGACCUUAAUUUCAACAAUUCCCUAGUUAUCGAGGAAUUCAACAAGAUCUUCAAUCACUGGCUGGACCUGGGUAUCAGCGGAUUCAGACUGGGAUUCACACAGCAUCUCAUAGAGGAUCCCAACCUUCAGGACGAGAGGUUGAGCUCAAGUGCUGCUGAUGUCGAUGAAUACGAGUCACUCCUCCAUGUCUACACCAAGGACAGGGUGGAAAAUGCUCAGGUGCUCAGGGUCUGGAGAGAAAAUAUCAUCAAUAAAACAAAUGGCGAUGGAUUAUUCGCGUUGAGGGAUGAUAUUGCAUCGGAUAUUCUUGCUGUAUUCAACGAGAAUCAGAGUCUCGUUGAUCUACCUCAGAGCUCAAUGUUCCUGAUGCAUGCCGAUGAGGGAGUCACUGCUGAGGCACUCCAGAAGGGAGUCAAUCAGUGGAGGAGUCAUCUUUAUAAUAGUUCCAAGGCCAGGUGGCCUGCGUGGGAUUUGAAUGGAAAAGAGAGGGCACUACGUGAUCGUAUGCCAUCGCCAGUUGCUGACAGCCUCAUCUUGAUGUCUGUCCUUCUCCCAGGGACGCCUGUCUUCAAGCUCAAUGACACCCUGUCGUCGCCAGCUAGAGCAGCUUUUGCAACUUUAUCGGAGAAACGUAGCGAUGAAAUAUUUUUGUAUGGAGAUUUUCACACAGACAUCGUCAAUGGGACAGUCUUCGUGUACACCAGGAGUGGGUUGAAGAGUGGACUUCCUGGGUACCUCGUGGCUUAUCAGAGCUCUGAGCAUCCAGCAGUUAUCGAUCUGUCAGGAAUUCCUCGGGUGCCCGAGGAGGUCAACGUCUUGACCUACAGUCCAAACUACGUCCAGGGAGACGAGACGAUCGAAACUAAACUUUUCUCGAAGAAGGUCCCCAUAGCCCCUAAGAGCACUCUGGUGCUGACCUUCGUCCCCAAGAAGAAUGAAAAAUAAAUUCUCGAGUGACUACACCGGAAUUUUAGGCAAAAAAUGCCAAACAGGUCUUGAAACGCAUUUAAUCGUUCUUAUUUAUGUAUUCUGCGGGAUUAUAUAUGAAUUACCUGCAUUUUUGAGAAUAAUAAUUGACGUGAGCAUUAAUCAGUCAAUGUUAAUAUUUAAAUAAUAAUAAAUGAAUCAAUAUCUC